AUGUCUACUGUCAACUUCCCCGCUUACGAGCUCGACACCGUUCCCCUCGCGCCUCAUUCUGCCCCACACACUCACGAGUGCCCCGAUGAUCUCGAGGCUCAGAACGAUCGCGGCCACGGCCAAAAAACAACCAGGGGGAGCAAUGACCCUUCGAGAGCCACAAAGGUCACGAUGUCCAUCCUCCUUGGCGUCGCGGGUCUGGCGAUGGUCUGCGGUCUGGAUCAAGCGCUCUCUCCCACCCACGGAUCCAGCGGAUCCAAUACCAUCGCGUACACUAUCUCAACCUCACAAGUUGCAUCGGUGACGACGGACUGGCCGGGUGGGGCGGCGACGGCAGACUUGCCGACUCCUUCGUUGCUCACCAGCGGCGGGUCUCUUGGGACGGUGGCGCCUCCUACAGCCACAGGCGCUUUCACAGGCAGUGAGGAGGGAGGCGCACUCUCGACCGCGACCCAAAGGCCCCUCACGGCCAAUCGGAGCAGCAGCGGAGGGGCCUUCACUACCCUCGCCCCAGGCGUCGCUUUUGGGAACGAUGACCUCUCCAGCAAGCUCUCUCAGCUGUCCGCAGCAGGCGAGUCGGCUUCCGCCAUUGCAGAGCAAUCGACUGGUGCUCCUCUCAUACGUUUCAUCCCUUUGCGCGGUACAGAAGUCAAAGGACUGAGCCGCCCAGGGGGUGUAGGGGCCAAGUAUAACGGAACUAAGCACCACUUAUCCGUGACCCAAAUCCUGCAAAACAAUGUCCAGAGACAGGCCAUCGGCGGUCGUGGCGGACAAGACCACCUCAAACGUCGAGGCUCAAAACGAGGACCGUGCCAAAACGUAUCUCGGUCUGACAAAGCGUCAGAUCGGGUACAUCGCUCUCGGCGUCACCUGCCUCCUACUAGCCGGAGGGAUGGUAUAUGUGUUCACUACGUAUGGGGACAAGUCGGGAGGCUCGGAAGAGUGGCGAGCGGUAAAGAACACGCCCGUACUAGCCUAGGCGAGAGAUCGUGGUCCAGGAUGCAUGCAGGGUGGCGAAUUCCGAUGAAGUUGUUCCGAGUACGAGGCUCGCGCUUGUCAGGCGACGAGAGGUUGGAUACUACUGCACACGUAGGGCGGGGUUCUCUAAUUUCGCUGGGCUGUGACCCCUGUGUAUGUGUCGCUGUCUCCCAGAGUCCCAUACCCCCUUUAUCUUUGACCUUCAUCCUCAGUCCCGGCAUACAUAACAUCAAGACUAUCAUCGGCCGCUCCACGCACGCACGCAUACACCACACCAUCACAAAUCCAGUCCCUCCCAUACCUGUGAGGAUGCGCUCUAGUACCUAUCAGGCGUGCAAUCCGUUCGAAAUGGAUACUCUACCACUGACAGUGAACGCCGCGCCGAUUGACGGCGCCACACCGAGCACCCGCGGCGGUGAACACACCGAUUCAGACCCGCAUCCGGUCGACCUGGAAAGCCAGGUACUGGCUGCGGCGGACGUCGCCACAACUACAAGCAAUUACGACGGCCGUACUCGAUUCACCGUCCGCAAGUGCGCCAUCGUCUCGCUAUUGGCAGCCGCAGGGAUUUCCUUCACGAUCGUCGCGGGAGCAGGUUUGGUUGGGAGUUUCACCCCUCGCACAGAUGCCCCAGCUUCGGAUCGAUCUGCGCAUCCAAGUACAAACGCCGUCGCUGCGUGGUCGACGCCCACCCCAGGUCUGGUUGCGAAUACUGGCUACGCCGAUGCCAUCUGUCGCGCUUGGCUCCGGCGAGCAAAGUGGUUGAACAGCUACGCGAAGUAG